AUCAUCGGAGAGAAUUGUGAUUCCAUUCGGACCAGGAGGGCAAGAUGGUAAACCCGACUUAUUCUCGACAAAUACUAAUAAUAACAGUAUGGGACAUAAUAUGCCUUCUUUGGACGUAUUAUGUCAGUCGACCUUCCAGGGAAGCAAAAAUACCAGCGUCAAGAGUGAAAACGAUGCUAAUACUACAGAAAGCUUCAAAUAUUGCCUGACCAAAGAGCAAUCCAUUCAUUGCAGGCAUCCUUUGGGAAACUGUGUCGAAUCGGUACUCUGGGAGGCACUACGUGGACGAAGAAAAUCCAGACGAAACCGUGUCGUCUUAUCCAUGUCUCAAAUGUCAAAACGUAUUGAACAAGAUGAAUCACUUCGCAAUAAUACACUUAUGGUAGUUGACACGUUUAAAGAUGAAUCUAGCCGUCGUCAUCUUGCAUCUUCUAUUGGUUGCGAGCUUCCUGUUAGUAGUGAUGAUCCAAAAGAACUUACCUAUUAUAUGACAAAUGUUGCACAAUUCGGCUUUGAUCAUAUCAUUAUCAUUGGGGAGAUUGAAAAUGGAAUGAUUUUUUUGGAUUGCUAUGGUCGUGUGUUUCAAUGGGAGGAAGAAUGUCAGAUGUUGUGGCCACUCGGAAAUUCUUUGGAAGAAACAAUGUCAAAUGAUGAGAAAAAUCAAGUGCCAUGGUAUUGGGAGUAUGAUGGAGCUGUAUAUGAGUUCAAAGAAUUACUUCAACAAGAAUCUAUUAAUGCAAAAACAAAAAUUAACAAGUGA